AUGUCUUUCCAUGAAACCUGCUUAGAUAUCCGCGUCGAAGUCCGCGGCGAUCACACUGUUCUUCUCGCCGGUGCUGGAAUCGGUGACGAUGCAUACGAGCCAGCAGAGUUGAAUCUCGACGAACAUAUCGGGAACUCAGAUGGGUUCUUCACCUGGGAAGGUGACAGAGUUACCGAAAGUGCCGAGAAUAUCGAGCUGAGCUUCUGUGACGAUGGUGUUUGGUUGGAGGCAGAUUUGCCUGAAGUUGAUGGCGGGGAAAGAGGCCGCCAGGCAAUUAACUUGUCAGAGCAUAUUGAGAAUCAGAAUGGCCAGCUAGUAUUUGUUGGGUUCUAA